AUGCAGGCCCCACCCUGCAGCCGCCCGGGGCUCAGCCUGGACGACUUCAUCCCUGGCCACCUCCGGGCCCACGGAGGGUCAUUCUCCAGGGGGACGCGGGUGCCCGUGAUCCGGAACGGUGGCUCCAACACCCUUAACUUCCAGUUCCAUGACCCUGCGCCCAGGACUGUGUGCAAUGGGUACUUCCCAACCCGGAGAGAGGCCUCCCGGCACCCAGAUCCUGCUUGGUAUCAGACCUGGCCAGGCCCUGGGGGCCGGCCCGCAGGGACCCAGAAGGCCCCCGCCUCCCAGCACCCCCAGAACUGGUCAGCCACGUGGACCAAGGACAGCAAACGCCGGGAUAAGCGCUGGGUCAAAUACGAGGGCAUCGGGCCCGUGGAUGAGAGCGGCAUGCCCAUCGCCCCCCGAUCGAGUGUUGACAGCCCUAGAGACUGGUACCGGAGAAUGUUCCAUCAGAUUCACCGGAAAAUGCCAGACCUGCAUCUGGACUGGUCCUUCGAGGAAGCACCCAAAGUGGCUUCCUCCUGUGCCACCUCUGCAGACUCAAGGUGUCCAGGGCCUCAGCAGAGACCUGCAACCCGGCCAGGCCAGGCCACUUCUCUGAGCGGAAGAAGCUGGGACCCCUCUGAAGAAUAUCCUAGAAGCACCUUCAGCUGUAACCCUGGAGCAUUCUCCUCCCUGCCCAGGACCCCGAAUCAGGUGCCCAGACGCCGAGAGAAAGCAGACAAUGUCUGGUCAGAAGAGUAUUGGAACCAGUUUCUGCAAGAACUAGAGACUGGGCAGAAGCCCAAGAAACCUCUGGUGGAUGAGCCUGCUGAGAAGCCCUCCCAGCCCAUCGAGGUCCUGCUGGAGAGGGAGCUGGCCAAGCUGAGCGCCGAGCUGGACAAGGACCUGCGGGCCAUUGAGACCCGGCAGACCUCUCCCAAGGGCUCCCCGGCGCCCCGGCCGCCCCCGGAGCCGCGGGCCUCCGCGCGCCCGGCCUCUGCCUGGAGCCUCAGCAACCCGAAUGCACUUUACCGGGGCGCCUCCUGGCCCCUGAGCCCCCACAGAAUGGCGGAUGGAGGAAGCCCCUUCCUAGGCCGUAGGGAUUUUGUCUACCCUUCCUCAGCCCGAGACCCUAGUGCCUCUGAACGAGGGGUCAGCCCUGCCAGGAAGGACGAAAAGAAGAGGAAGGCUGCCAGGCUCAAGUUUGACUUCCAGGCACAGUCCCCCAAGGAGCUGACCCUGAAGAAGGGGGACAUUGUCUACAUCCACAAGGAGGUGGACAAGAACUGGCUGGAGGGGGAGCACCACGGCAGGCUGGGCAUCUUCCCCGCUAACUACGUGGAGGUGCUGCCUGCCGACGAAAUCCCCAAGCCGCACAAGCCGCCCACCUACCAGGUGCUGGAGUACGGAGAGGCCGUGGCCCAGUACAACUUCAAGGGGGACCUGGAGGUGGAGCUGUCCUUCCGAAAGGGGGAGCGCAUCUGCCUGAUGCGGAAGGUGAACGAGAACUGGUAUGAGGGGCGCAUCUCGGGCACCGGGCGCCAGGGCAUCUUCCCGGUCAGCUACGUGCAGGUGUGCCGGGAGCCCCGGCUGCGCCUCUGCGACGAGGGCCCCCAGCUCCCCGCGUCCCCCAGCAUGACCGCCGCCCGGCCGGCCGCCCGCCACCCCGGCUCCCCGGGGGCGCCGCGCAGCCCCGCGGACCCCACCGACUGGGGGGGCCGGACCUCCCCCCGCCGUGCCGGCUUCUCCUUCCCCGCCCAGGAGCCCAGACCCCAGACCCAGAGUCUCAGCACCCCUGGGUCCUCUCUGACCCAUCCCGGAGGCUCCAGCCGCGCCGUGGACCUGGGGACCGCCUCUCACAACACCGCUCAGAUACACUGGACCCCGUACCGGGCGGUGUACCAGUACAGGCCCCAGAACGAGGACGAGCUGGAGCUGCGGGAGGGCGACCGGGUGGAUGUCAUGCAGCAGUGCGACGACGGCUGGUUUGUGGGUGUCUCCCGGAGGACCCAGAAAUUUGGGACAUUCCCUGGAAAUUAUGUAGCUCCGGUGUGA